AUGUUGAGAUUUUUUGCUUCAAAUAGAUCAUUCGCAAAGAUUGCACGUCAAACGGGGUUGAGAUCUACAGCUUACAAGUAUUCAACAACAAAAAAGACAAAGCCAACAUUUCAUGAAGUUUCCGACGCAAGUGAAGAGUCACACACUGGCCAAUUCAUAAACAAGGUUUCUAAGCCGUACACGGUAACUACCUAUGCUCGGCCAAAUCUAGUUCUAACGCAUGGUAAAGGCUCUUAUAUUUAUGACUUGGAGAACCGAAAGUAUAUCGAUUUUACUGCUGGAAUCGCAGUGACUUGUCUAGGCCAUUCAAACGAAGGCAUCACAGAGAUAUUGAAGGACCAAUCGGAAAAGCUUAUACACUGCUCCAAUUUAUAUUAUAACUUACCCGCAGGUGAGUUGGCAAGUAAAUUAAUUCACAAGACAAAGGAACAUAACGGAUUGAACGACGCUUCAAGGGUAUUUUUGUGUAACUCUGGAACCGAAGCCAAUGAAGCAGCCUUGAAGUUUGCUAGGAAGUAUGGUAAGGUGAAAGGUGGAGAUUCUAAAACUGAGUUUAUCACCUUUGCUAAUUCAUUUCAUGGUAGAUCAAUGGGUGCUUUGUCAGUAACUCCCAAUCCCAAAUAUCAAUCGCCUUUUGUGCCUUUGAUACCAGGAAUACAUGUUGCAGAACCAAAUAAUAUCGAAAGUGUUAAAAACUCAAUGUCAUCGGAGAAAACCUGUGGUGUUAUUAUCGAACCAAUACAAGGAGAAGGAGGGGUUAACUCAAUGGAUGAAACUUUCUUGGUCGAAUUGAGAAAAUUGUGUAAUGAUCAUGACGUUUUACUAAUUUAUGACGAGAUUCAAUGUGGAUUGGGUAGAUCAGGUAAGUUAUGGGCUCAUUCGUAUUUACCUAAUGAAACGCAUCCAGAUAUCGUGACCAUGGCAAAAGCUUUAGGGAACGGAUUCCCCAUUGGUGCCACUAUGAUUACAGAAAAGGUUGAAAAUGUUCUUUCUGUUGGGGAUCAUGGAACAACUUAUGGAGGAAAUCCACUUGGAGCUCGAAUCGGAUCAUUCGUUGUAGAUGAGAUCACAAAGGAGCCAUUUUUGGUCAAUAUCAAUGAAAAGUCGGCAAAGUUUGUCGCGAAGUUGAAUCAGAUUGCCGAGACCAAUCCAGACAAAGUGCUAAAAGUUAAAGGAAAGGGGUUAUUGUUGGGAUUACAGUUUGCUGAAAAUAUUGAUAUCAAUAAGAUUGUAGAAAAGUGUAGAGAAAAUGGUUUGUUGAUAAUUACUGCUGGAAUGAAUACCAUCAGGUUUGUCCCCGCACUCAACAUACCAGAUGAAGCUAUAGACGAUGGUCUUGCUAUUUUAGAACAUUGUAUAGAGCAGUAA